CUUGUCUAUAAAAUGGUGACCAAAUGAAGUGACCACUCGAUGGACAUCUUAUCUGAAAUUGAUAUAACAAUUGAUCAUAAAUUGAGACCAUUUAGUGGUUAAGAGAGAGACACACAUGUGGUGGUCAAGAUUUGUUGAAAGACAUCCCAUUCUUAUAUUAGUCGUUGUUUUAGCAAUCAAUUGGUCAUUAAUUGCCAUUUCAAUUGUGAACAAUGAUUUGCCGACAUUUAGUGACCCUUUACUUGGCUUUGAGGUCAGAGGCUCUGAAAUAUCCAAACGAAUCAAUUCUUGGAAAUUACUUUUGGAAAAUACAUCCGGAGAUAUCAUAUUAAGUAUUUACUCGAAGAAUGAUUCCACAUAUAAGAAGUUGAAGACUUCUGAAAUUAUUUCAGAAGAAGAGGAAUUGAAAGACAUUGAAAACUUUAAUUCAAAUGCAUUUCUUUCACGAACUCACAAUCUUAAGUCAAACGAGACAUUUUGUGGACCAAUUCAUGAGGAUUAUGUCCAGUUUAUAAUACAAUCUGUUGAUGGAAAUGAUUUAUUUACUCUCGAAUCGAUCAAAACUUUGUGUCACAUCGAUAGACAAUUACUUCGUAUGAGAUCCAGUAGUGAAAAGCAUUUGUUUGAAGAUAAAUGUGAAACUAGAAGUACGGGUCAGUGCUGUAAGAGUUGGUCACUUCAUAAUUAUGUGGCACUCAUUGCAAAUCGUAAGACAUGUGAUGAUAUUCGCGAAAUUGAUUUAAUGACUGUUAAGCACUAUCUGGAGUCGUGUUCCCCAUAUUAUCACAAUCUAGAGCUCAGCCAACAGUGUUAUAAUGAGCCUAAACUGUGUCGAAAAGCACCGAAAAGAUGUUUCCAGUGGCAGAACGCAGUCUUCAAUCUAUUGCAUUAUAUCAUCGACAAAGACUUUAUGAAUCCAUUGAUGUCAAACAAAACUCAAAUUAAAUACACGAGUAUUUUCCUACCGAUGGCCAAAAGCACUCAAUUAUUACAAUAUUAUAAUCACUUAAUGUCUAAAAAGUUACAAAUGAAUGGUCUGGAAGUAAUUGCAAUGGAUUUGGGUCUUAAAUAUACUUUAUUUGAUGAAUAUCUUAUUUACGAUACUAUAUUUCUUAUGAUUGCAUUUUGUGUUAUACUAUUAUCGCUAUAUAUUUACACGACUUCAAUAAUGGUAACAUUGGUUACUCUGUUGACAAUUAUCACAUCAUUAGGAAGCGCUUACUUCUUCUAUACGACAAUCUUUAGGAUUCCAUUCUUUCCUUUUAUGAAUUUAUUGGCACUUAUUAUAGCCGUCGGUAUCGGUUCCGAUAAUGCAUUGAUUUACUGUAAAGUAUGGCAAAGUGCCAAAUGUGACAAAUCAAGUCCUAUAUUUAUAAAGUUAAUUCACGACACAUUAAGUCACACUUGGGUUUCCGUAUUAGCUGCCAGUGCCACAACUGGAUUAGCCUUUUUUGCCGGAUAUUUCUCUGACAUUACAUCACUUAAAUGUUUUAGCCUAUUUGCAAGCACUGCAAUUGCGGCCAACUUUGUGCUGACGAUGUUAUUACUUCCUUCGGCUGUCAUUAUUUCGGAGAAGUAUUCGUUAAAAUACUUAUCAUUUAGUAAUUUUUGGAGAUUUCGAUCUUCGAUUUCGAAAUUAUUCUUCGAGAAAAUGUUGCUAAACGUAAUCAUGAAAUACCGUUACAUAAUUGUAGUGUUAGUCACAUCGAUAACACUGACAUCAGUGGUAGUUGUGGUAAUAACUCCGGGACUAAAACUUCCCAAUUCUCAAGAAUUGCAAAUAUUUAGUUCUAAUCAUUACUUUGAGAAAUAUGACUUACAAUUGAAGAAUAAGUUUUGGUUUAAAUAUAUAAAUAACAAUAGAGAAGACUCGUCGUCGUAUUCAUUGCCAAUAAGAGUUGUAUUUGGUAUCGAUCCUCAAGACACCGGUGAUUAUCUCAAUCCUUCAAAUAGAGGUUUACUACAAAUUAAUCAAAAUUUUGAUAUCACUUCCCAAAGCAGUCAGUUAUGGCUCAUUGACUUCUGUAAAGAGCUUCGUAAUCAAAGCUUUUAUAAGCCAAUGAUGGGUCCAUUGCUUUCCAAUUGUUUUAUAGAGACAUUUAAGUCAUGGAUGGAAGACAGAGAAUGUAUUGAUGCCAUCAAUGGUUUGGAUCGAAGUCCUUGUUGUCGCACUUCUCAAUUCCCAUUCAAACCAACUGUUUUUAAUUUAUGUUUGAAUCAAGUGAUUGAAUUAUUGAGUAAAACUCCUAAUUAUUUUGUGUCUCAUGACUGGGCCGGUCCUCGUUAUGACAAACGAUCGCUUCAAAUGGUGGCCGCAGUUAUUGAAUACGAUUCCGUUUAUUCAUUUUCGCAUUCAUUUGUUGAAAUGAAUCGCUUCUGGAAUGAAAUCAAUGAUUGGGUUUCAAACAAAAUAAUAAGUGCACCGAAAGGUCUACAAAAUGGAUGGUUUAUAAGCAGUCAAAUGGAUUUCUAUGCUCUUCAGCUCUCACUUUCUGAUGGUAUCUUCAAAUCGAUAUCAUUUGCCGUAUUCUUUGCUUUUGUGUCUCUCAUCAUAACAACCUGUGACUGGAGAUUAAGUGCUUUAUCAAUAAUAACUAUAUUUGCUAUUAUUUUUACGACAAUCGCUGUCUUAGUAGCACUCGAUUGGAAACUCAAUGUUUUAGAAAGUAUUAGUAUUUUAUUAGCCAUUGGUUUGGCCAUUGAUUUUACUCUUCAUUAUACCAUUGCUUUUAAAUUAUCAAAACAACAGGAAAAUACAAUUCAAUACCCAUUGUCUCGUAUUGCAAGUCCAGUAGCGAUGGCCGCACUGACCACAUGUAUAGCUGGUAUAGCAAUGCUUUUCUCGACAAUCCUCGCAUACAUACAAAUCGGCACUUUUCUCAUUGUUUUGUCAUCUAUUAGUUGGAUAUAUUCAACAUUUUUUCAUUUGAGUCUAUUAAGCAUUUUUGGUGUUAAUUACAAAACUGAUAAAAAUGAAGACACAGUUUAUUGUUGUUUUAUAUGCAAUAAGUCUUCAAAUACUGUUAACUCAAUGUUAAUGAAUUCACCGUUUGAUUCGAUAUCAAGUGAUUCAAAGCCAAAGACUAAGAAAAAAAGGUCGAUUCGGUUAACCCUUUCAUCGACAAGCUUUUCAUCGACGAGUCCGACUCAGAGCACAGUUAGUGCUCAACCAUUUCAGUGCCAAAUUGAAUCACACGAAUUGCAACAUAUGGUUAACUAAACUAAACUAAACUAUUUAUCUACUAUUUUAAACAUUUAUUUUAUACUUUUAACUAUUUUAAAUGAUCUCAUUUUGU